AUGCUGCGGAGGCGAGCCCGGGAAGAAGACAGUGCGGUGCUGAUCGACAUGGCCUCCCUCGAAUCAGAGAAUGGGUCCUCUUAUGGAAGCACAGCCCAUGCCUCAGAGGCAGGUAAACAGCAGGUGGCCCCCAGCAGAGUUGGGAGCCCUGCCAAACCCCCGAUUGCGGAUUUUGUUCUUGUUUGGGAAGAAGACCUGAGGAACCAAGAGAACCCUACCCAGGACAAGACAGGCACACAUGAGUUCUGGAGGGAGACCUUCCUGGAAAACCUUCGUCUGGCUGGCCUGCAUGUAGAUCAGCAUGACGUCCAGGACAAGGCCACUGCAGUUCACUACGUCCUCCUCAGAGCGCCCUGGGCUGUACUCUGCUACUAUGCAGAAGAUCUGCGCCUGAAGCUACCUCUGCAGGAAUUACCAAACCAGGCUUCCAACUGGUCGGCCACCCUUCUGGAGUGGCUGGGCAUCCCCAAUAUCCUGCUGGAGCACGUGCCAGACACGCCUCCCGAGUACUACUCCUGCCAGUUCAAAGCAAGCAAGCUGCAAUGGUUCCUUGGAAGUGACAACCAGGACACCUUUUUCACCAGUACCAAGAGGCACCAGAUUCUGUUUGAGAUUCUGGCCAAGACUCAAUAUGGCCACGAGAAGAAAGGCUUCUUUGGGAUCGAUCAGCUGUUGUCAGAGGGUGUCUUCAGUGCGGCCUUCCCUCUGCAUGACGGCCCACUCUCUGCAGUCCCAGAGGACUCACAGGUCCUGGGGCUCACCCAGCGCCAAGUCUUACUCCAGCACUGGGCUCGCUGGGGCAAGUGGAACAAGUACCAGCCACUGGACCACGUGCGUCGGUACUUCGGGGAGAAGGUGGCUCUCUACUUCGCCUGGCUUGGGUUUUACACAGGCUGGCUCCUGCCUGCAGCAGUGGUGGGCACCGUGGUGUUCCUGGUGGGAUGUUUCCUGGUCUUCUCAGACAUACCAACGCAGGAGCUGUGCCACAGUUCCGAUGGCUUUGACAUGUGCCCACUCUGCGCUGACUGUUCUUUUUGGCUGCUCUCCAGUGCCUGCACCCUGGCCCAGGCUGGGCGGCUCUUUGACCAUGGCGGUACUGUCUUCUUCAGUUUGUUCAUGGCGCUGUGGGCGGUGCUGCUUCUGGAGUACUGGAAGCGGAAAAAUGCCACAUUGGCCUACCGCUGGGACUGCUCUGACUAUGAGGACAUUGAGGAGAGGCCUCGGCCCCAGUUCGCUGCGAAGGCUCCUCUGACAGCCCUGAACCCCAUCACUGGGGAAGACGAACCCUACUUCCCUGAGAAGAGCCGUGUACACCGCAUGCUGGCUGGCUCUGUGGUUCUCCUGAUGAUGGUGGCCGUGGUGAUUAUGUGCCUUGUGUCUAUCAUUCUGUACCGGGCCAUCAUGGCUGUGCUUGUGUCCAAGUCAGACAAUGCCUUCCUUUCGGCCUGGGCUCCACGCAUUGCCAGCCUCACAGGGUCAGUGGUGAACCUUGUCUUCAUCGUCAUCCUUUCCAAGGUCUACGUGGUCCUGGCCCAGGUCCUAACAAGAUGGGAGAUGCACCGGACACAGACCUCAUUCGAGGAUGCCUUCACCCUCAAGGUGUUCGUCUUUCAGUUUGUCAACUUCUACGCCUCGCCUGUGUACAUUGCUUUCUUCAAGGGCAGGUUUGUGGGAUACCCAGGCAACUACCACACCUUGUUUGGAGUCCGAAAUGAAGAGUGUACGGCUGGAGGCUGCCUCAUUGAGCUGGCACAGGAGCUCCUGGUCAUCAUGGUGGGCAAGCAGAUCAUCAACAAUGUGCAGGAGGUCCUUGUCCCAAAGCUGAAGGGCUGCUGGCAGAAGCUGUACUCCAGGAGAGGGAAGGCUGCCAUGGGGGUCCACCCAGCACCUUGGGAGGCUGACUAUGAGUUGCUGCCUUGUGAGGGGCUGUUCCACGAGUACCUUGAAAUGGUGCUGCAGUUCGGAUUCGUCACCAUCUUCGUGGCCGCCUGCCCGCUGGCGCCGCUUUUUGCCUUGCUCAACAACUGGGUGGAGAUCCGCCUGGACGCGCGCAAGUUCGUGUGCGAGUACCGGCGCCCGGUGGCCGAGCGCGCCCAGGACAUCGGCAUCUGGUUCCACAUCCUAGCGGGCCUCACACACCUCGCCGUCAUCAGCAACGCCUUCCUGCUGGCCUUUUCCUCCGACUUCCUGCCGCGUGCCUACUACCGCUGGACGCGCGCCCCCGACCUGCGCGGCUUCCUCAACUUCACGCUGGCGCGCGCGCCGCCAGCCUUUGCGGCUGCGCACAACCGCACUUGCAGGUACCGGGCGUUCAGGGAUGAUGAUGGACACUAUUCCCAGACUUACUGGACUCUCCUGGCCAUCCGCCUGGCCUUUGUCAUCGUGUUUGAGCACGUGGUGUUCUCCAUUGGCCGUCUUCUGGAUCUCCUGGUUCCUGACAUCCCAGAGUCUGUGGAGAUCAAGGUGAAGCGGGAAUACUACUUAGCUAAGCAGGCCCUGGCUGAGAACGAGGCUCUCCUUGGAGCAACAGGAGCGAAGGAUGACCAGCUUCCAAGCUCAGAGUCUGGGCCUUCCAGCCUAGGGUCUUAGAACUAGUAACCUCCUCUCUGAGGGUUACUGGAGGCUGACACACUUGCUUGGAAGACUGCUGAAGAUGUCGUAGGGGACAGUUCACUGUGCAUGUCCUUGGAGGCCAUGGCCAUGCUCGUGGCCCCAGCUCAACUUACCCCCUAUGCUUGGUUUAGAAAUAACCAGGCCCCUGGCUGCCAGUCUUCAGCUCAUACAUACUGCUUGGCCACCACCCCUACUAGGUAUUCCUUAAGGCCACCCAAAUGGAGCAGCAGUGCUUAGAGACAUCUGUUGGCCUUCAGGGGGCUAUCCCCUACUGCCACUCCUAAGUCCCUCAGCCAAUGGCUUGUCUCCCUUUAUCUCAGGUCAAAAGGGCUAUCUGGGGCUGGAGAGAUGGCUCAGAGGUUAAGAACACUGACUGCUCUUCUACAGGUCCUGAGUUCAAUUCCCAGCAACCACAUGGUGGCUCACAACCAUCUGUAAUGAGAUCUGGUGCCCUCUUCUGGCCUGCAGGUGUACAUGCAGGCAGAACGUUGUAUGCAUAAUAAAUAAAUCUUUAACCAAAAAAAAAAAAAAAAAAAAAAAAAAAAGAAAAAAAAAGGGCUAUCUGAAACGCUGGCUUCUGUGGCUCUCAUUUUUACAAUGCUGGCCAUUGUACUCAGAGAAUCCGUGCUUCCCUUGCCUCAGCCAGGACUUUCUCUUAUCUCGAGUAGGGAGGAUCCCUGUUUCCUAUCCCUAAACCAAAGGCUAAGGGGCCUCUGCAUGCAUUCCUGAAUCCUAGUGACCAGGAGGUGGCUUUACUGUUGACACAUCCUCCCACCCCUCUGUCCUCAUCCUUGGGCAUAAGUCCUCUGUCAACUGAGGUCAGACUCUGGAGUCCCUGCCUCCUCAGGGAUUUACUCAGUUAUUUGCAGCAUUCCUUGUGAUAGUGUAGGGUCCGACCACCCCUCCAGACCCACCCUCUGCCUCUCCUCACAUGGUCAUUGCACAUCUGCCUCUCAGACCUGAUACCACAUCCCAGGCCACAGUAGGAAGCCUGUGCCUGCUCUUUCUUGCAUACCUGAUUACCCAAGGCCUCUGCAAUAUCUAUCCCCUUUGUCUCCUGUGUGCCUUCCAGUGCUGGGCCAGGGACUCACUCAGCACAUAGCAAGCACAGACCAGAGAAGGCUGUGGAAUGAAGCCUUACCCCUUACAGUAGAAGCUGAAAAACAAAACAAAAACAAACAAACCAACCAACCAGAUUUCUGUGACACCUAGUGGACCUUUUCCAUUUUCCCUUUCUUUGUGUUUACAUACAACUACUUUUCAAAUUGGGUACAAUUUGGGCCUUUUCCCGUUGCUUGCCUUCUGUUAGCUGGGUUAACUGAUGGCUAAUUGCCAGUUAUUUCCUACCCACUCAUGAUGGGAUAUGGGUCUUUCCUCUUCUGCCACCCAACCACACUGGAAUAAAGGUCUAAAAGUCA